AUGGAGAUCAGACCUUUGCCAGCGUUAUUACAAGAAAAAGCAAUCAAAGAAAUUAAUGAAGAUCCAGACAGGAUAGCCGUUGAUAUCAAUGAUCUAAGACGAUGGUUUGAAAAGCAACCACAUUUAGCUGCUAUAAAACCCUGUGAUCAAUGGCUUGUAGCAUUUUUACGAGGGAACAAAUAUAGUUUAGAAAAAACUAAGAAGAAACUGGACAUGUGCUACACUCUUCGAACAAUAGUUCCGGAGAUUUUUCAAAAUAGGGAUCCUUUCGAUCCUAUCAUACAAGAAAUAUUAAAAUUAGGAGUUUUUCUUCCACUUACGAUAACGAAAGCGGAAGAUUCAUGCAGAGUAUGCUUGCAGCGACUGGGAGCUUUUGAUCCUUCGAAGUACAGGUUUAUUGACCUCAUGAAAACUAUCUUUAUGAUUGUUGACAUCCUGAUACUAGAAGAUGACAAUUUCGUUAUAGCUGGAGAGGAUAUAUUGGUAGAUCUAAAGGGAGUAGGUAUAAGUACUUUUAGUCAAUGGACUCCUUCAAUGGCUAAGAAAGUGAUAACGAUUUUCGAGAAAGCUUUACCCAUUCGAAUGAAAAGCAGUCACAUUUUACAUACUCCCUAUGGAUUCGAAGCAGCGUAUUCACUACUAAAGAUUUUUUUAAGUGAAAAACUAACAAAAAGAUUCUACGUGUACAGUCAAAAAUUUGAUGCAAUGUACGAAGUGAUUCCACGUAAUAUAUUACCUAAGGAAUAUGGUGGGGAGAAUGGAUCUGUUCAGCAACUAACAGAUCAUUGGAAAAAGAAAGUUGAAAGUUACAGAGACUGGUAUCGCCGUGAGGAGCAGGUCCGCUCCGAAGAGUCCUUUAGGCCGGGUGCACCCAAUACAACCCAAACACUGUUUGGAGUCGAAGGCUCCUUCCGAAAAUUACAGGUUGAU